AUGUCAAAUUUCGACUAAGCAUAAUCUACAAAUAUACCAAUUGUAGUUACACAGUAAGAAAUAAGCCAAUAAGGAAUAUUUAAUCAAACUUCUAAAACAUUAGGUUGGUAUUAAUAUUUUCCUGAAUCCAAUGGUGUUGCUACUUAGGAACUAUCAACUCAUGAUCAGCAAAUGUUCUUUAUUGUUAAGCUAUAUGCAUUUUUGGCUGGCUUGUUCAUUUUCCAGUAUCUAAUGGUGAUCAUGUUUUAUUACUGUGAACAGUUCAGAUGGAGUUUAAUAAUUUUUGAUUACCCAUAACCUUUGUAUUGGGCUAUCCUAGGGGUUACAAUUAUGUUAGGAAUGAUAGCUUAUUUUAUCAAAUAAUCAAGAAAUCCGCCAAUAAAUCUAAUUAUAUCUAUGUUAUAUUCCUUUGGAGUAGGGUGUGUCUUGUAAGCACCAUACGCAGAUAGUUUAUGGUGGAAUGAAAGCAGUUUGUUAAUAAUCUUAUAUCAAUUUUGUAUGACUUUAUGUACAUUUGGAACACUUAUUGCAUAUAAAUUGUAAGAUUCUUAGUCGGCAAAUGGAUCAUAUUUAUUGUUGAUGGCAUUUUUACUAGAUCUGUUCGUUAUACUUAUUUUUAUUUUAACUUAUGUUGAAUUGGCUUGGUUGAUAGUGAUUAGUAUAAUUGUCCAUGUAAUCUAUGCAUGUCUUCUAUUAUUUGAGACAUAAUUGAUAUAAAGAGGAAAAUUUAACCUCGGUUUGAAUGAGUAUAUUUCUGGAGCUCUCUUUAUUUACAUAGAAGUAACUCUAUUUUUUAUGUUUGUGGCCAUUUUAUUUGUUGUCUUUAUGUGUGUGGCUCUAGUAGUGUUGAUUGGAACUUUUAUUGUUCACAAGAAGUGA